AUGAUGGAUUUUCUGGGAAUUACUCGUGUACCUGUUCAUGGUCAGCCAGAUAAUAUCUAUGACCAAAUCAAGGAUAUCAUCAUGGAGUAUAUAACUCCUGAAGAAAGCAUUAUAUUGAAUGUUCUUUCGGCUACUGUUGAUUUCACAACAUCUGACAGGUCUCCCGAAGGUUUGUUGGAGAAGGUUACAACUGACGAUGUUAACAUAGGCCUUGGUUAUGUUUGUGUAAGGAAUCAAAUUAGCAAUGAAUCUUAUGAAGAAUCUAGGAAUGAAGAGCAUAAUCUUUUUGAGUCUCAUUCGCUCCUUUCCAAAAUAGACAAGUCUAUUGUUGGAAUUCUUGUCCUGGCACAUAAACUUGUUCAUGUCUAA